UGUUUGAAGAUGGGACAUUAAACUAUAGUUAUUUUCUAACUAUUUCUGUAAAAGUUGAAAAAAAAGAAGAUUCGACUAAUAAAGUUAAUGAGCCAAGUGACAUAGAUGAUUCUCAGUCCUUCUGUGAUGAAGAAAUCGAUGCUAUUAUUGGUCCAACAUAUAACACCCGUGGCGUUAAACGUUUAUAUGAAGAAGAUUCCAUUAGUGUUGAACCUAAUAAAAACAUGCAGAGACAAAAUAAAAUUAUAAAAGAACAAAGAGAUUUAUUACAUCUAAAGGAUACCUAUCAUCUAACAGAUAGUGCUUUUAAUGCUAUUUUUAAGUACAUUCACAGUAAAAGAAAACUCUGCUCAUUAAAACAAAUCGAAAGGCUUAGAAAAAAUGCAAACUCCAAAUUUCCUAUUGAGUACACUAAGACAAGUGCCUAUGUCAAAUUUGAAUAUGCAGUAAGAACUGCUAUUUUUGUUGCCCAAAAAUAUGAACUAAAGCUUGAUCAGGUUGAUAAGCUUAAUAUUCGCUUUAAUAUGGACGGUACACUUAUAGGGAAUAAGCACAUAGUCGUGAUAUCCUUAAACUGCAUUGAAGGUGGUCGCCAAUGCCAAAUAUCGACAAAUCUUAUUCCUUUGGCUCUGUUUGAAGUACAAAAGGAAAACACUGAAUUUUUACGUAAUACUCUGCCUGUAGAAUUUAUUACUGAUAUAAAAUCAGUAAAACAGAUUUCUGUAGGAGAAAAAAAUAUAGAAAUUCAUAUUAGAUUAGGUGGUGAUUUGAUGAAUGCCGUGUACGUAUUUGGACUUUCUGGCUUCAGUUCCAGUUAUCCCUGCAUCUUCUGUACGCAACAUAAAGAUGAUCUGCACAUAACUGAAGAAACUGCUUAUGAGAAAACAGCUACAGAGGGAAAGAGUAAAAGUAAAAAAACUAUUAAAAUUCACGUUGGUCCCACUUCCUAUUAUGAUUUCACUAAACGAGCACGAUCUCUUGCCGAGCAACGGCUUUGUUUAGCUAAAAAAAAUAAUGAUUUAGGCUAUAAAUGCGAACCUCUUUUUGGUGAUCUUUUUGAUUACCAGGAUUAUUGCGUGGAUACGCUACACAUGAAACUACGAAUCUUUGACGUUAUUUUAAAAGACAUAUUGUCUUCCGCUUCUCGGACUGGUAAAUACGGAGGUGAGCAUUCAACAAUUAUUGAAAAAAAAAUUGAAAUUCUUAAUCAGCAUUGCAAGAGAACUAUUGGAAAUCGUUUUUUCUUUCAAGUAGAAACAGAUGAUAAAAAUAAAAUUAUUGCGUCACAUGGAAAGCUGUCUGGUCAUCUUCAAGAUCUAUUUUUUGUUGACAGCUUUCCUUACAAAGAAAUUCUAGGUGACGAAGUUGCAAAAUCUGCUCGAAGUGUUGUGAAUAAGUUUAAAGAACUUCUUAAUGAAGUUAAGCAUAAUUCUGUAAAACGAAAAUGCCAACUAAAACGUCUAUGUCUAGAAUUUGUAAAAGAGUUUCGUCAAAGUGGCCUUCGUACAACUGUUACUCCUUAUAUCCAUAUAAUUGGAAAUCAUUUAUUUGAAUUUGAUGAAUUCAAUGACCUAGGAGAUUACAAUAUGCAAGGAGUAGAGAAAAGUAAUGAUCUACUCUCUAAAAUUUAUUUUUCAUCUACGAAUCCCGCUAAAAAUCCUCUCCUUACUAUGCUUCAGAAACUUUAUCGAAUGCUCGAGAUGAACUUUGAAGAAGAAGCAGAAAGAAAUGCGAUGGCUGAAUUCGCUCGAACAGGUCUAUACGAUUUCGUUGAAACUCUAAAUGAAUUUAAACCAUCACAUGACGAUGACAUUUACCCUUGUAACAAAAAACAACAAGAGGUAGAUAGUGAUGAUGAAUCUGAAGGGCAAUUCGAUCGACCAAUAGAAGAUAUUGCUGAAGUAGAAGAUGAAAGUGACAUAGACUUAGAUGAAUCAAUGAUUUGGGAGCCUGAAAAAAGAUUUGCAACUAAAUUUUUACCUAGGACGGAAAAUCGAUUCAAGAGUUUCAGAAGAUCAUAA